UCCCGGCCGCCCUUGCGCCUGAGCCUGCGCCAGCGCCCGCGCGAGCUUCAGCUGGAACUGGACCUGCCAGCCGGAGGGGUGCGCGCGCGCCCUCGCCCUGUUGCGCGCUCGGUGUCACCUUGGGCGCGAGCGGGGCUGUGCGUACACGGGGCCCAGCGCGGAGGGCCACGGAGGGGCGAUGGCGGCGACAGCGAGUCCCGUGGCCGGCGGGAUGUCCGGGAAGCCCCGUACCUCCCCCAAGUCGGUCAAGUUCCUGUUUGGGGGCCUGGCUGGGAUGGGAGCUACCGUUUUUGUACAACCCCUGGACUUGGUGAAAAACCGGAUGCAGUUGAGUGGUGAAGGAGCGAAGACGCGAGAGUACAAAACCAGCUUCCAUGCCCUCACUAGUAUCCUGAAGGCAGAAGGGCUGAAGGGCAUUUACACUGGGCUGUCAGCUGGCCUGCUGCGCCAGGCCACCUACACCACAACUCGCCUUGGCAUCUAUACUGUGCUGUUUGAGCGUCUGACUGGGGCUGAUGGUACACCCCCAGGCUUUCUGCUGAAGGCCCUUAUUGGUAUGACUGCAGGUGCAACUGGUGCAUUUGUGGGCACACCAGCUGAGGUGGCUCUUAUCAGGAUGACAGCUGAUGGCCGGCUUCCAGCUGACCAGCGCCGAGGCUACAGAAAUGUUUUUAAUGCCCUAAUUCGAAUUGCCAGGGAAGAAGGAGUUCCCACAUUGUGGCGGGGCUGCAUCCCUACCAUGGCUCGGGCUGUUGUCGUCAAUGCUGCCCAGCUUGCCUCCUAUUCCCAAUCCAAGCAAUUCUUGCUGGACUCAGGCUACUUCUCUGACAAUAUCCUGUGCCACUUCUGUGCCAGCAUGAUCAGUGGCCUGGUCACCACUGCUGCUUCCAUGCCAGUAGACAUUGUCAAGACCCGGAUCCAGAAUAUGCGAAUGAUCGAUGGGAAACCGGAGUACAAGAAUGGGCUGGAUGUGCUCGUGAAAGUUGUUCGCUAUGAGGGUUUCUUCAGCCUGUGGAAAGGCUUCACACCAUACUAUGCCCGCCUGGGCCCCCACACAGUCCUCACCUUCAUCUUCUUGGAACAGAUGAACAAAGCCUACAAGCGUCUCUUCCUCAGUGGCUGAUAUGGCAGGGGUCCUGGAACCAGUGUGCCAGGGCUCCCAGUCACCAUUGCGCCUAUAGUCGCUGUGCCCAGGGGGCUUGGACUCUGCUGCCCUGGGCUCCUCUAUUUAUUUCCCCUCUACAGUGUGGUCUCCUCCUUUGUGGUAAAGAACUUUGAUCUGUUCUCCCCCACCCCCUCCUCCCUCCAGCUUGCCCUUCUUGGCUUGAUUCUUAGGAUCACUCUGUUCCUGGCUAUUCCUAGGGGGAGCUGGGAAACUCCCUGAGGAUUUUAAGUCUUCUCUUAGGGUUAGUUUCAGGCACACAGGACAGCAGAAGAUCCCUCUUUGAAGAAUCCAAGGCAGCGCUGAGGGAACAGGAGAGAGUAGAAGCUAUCAAGAUAUUCAAAAGGAUCUGCAAUAGAAGGGUGCAGUCUUCCUCCUCACUGAGGACUUCACUAAUAAAUUGGAUUGAUAACACCACCUCCAAAUCUGGGUAGUUGCGAGGCUCAGUAGAGGGAGGAGAUGGCACAGAGAACCUGGUAUCUCUGGAAAACAGAAACUGGAGUUUUUAACAAAAAUUAUUAAAGAAAAAGUACCUGCUGGUUUUAUGAAAA